UACAGUCACACUAAAAAAGUCUUCGGCUGACCGCGUAAAUUCCCCAAAAUUAAUGAAUUUGUGUGUAGUGUUUUGCUAUAGUUGAAAAUUUUAAAUUUAAAAAAAUUAGUUCCGUAUUUUUUCUGUUUAAGCCCAGUGGACAGAUAAAUGCAUUUGUUGGCAAUUUCGAGUCUCAAUUUAUAGUUUUUUUGUGCCGGCAAGAAUUUUAAAGCUGAUAAGCACAUUUUCAUGUAUGCAUGUAUGUGUAUAUCAAAGCUGUCAUAAAUCGGUUCAUGUUCAAUCACUCAAAUAUGGAUACAGUGGAGCUUGCAUAUCUCAAAAAAUACGUACCUUUUAUUCGCUAUCUCUUAAAAAAUGGAGAGCACAAUAUAAAAUUUCAAGAAAUUUUGUAUUGGAUAACCACUAACAAGAGGUAUUAAAUUAUAAUUCAUUCUAUGUUUAACCAGAAAAUUGCCAAUUUGAUUGAGGAGUCUAUCAGAGUGCAAUAUUCGAGACUGUUACCCAACAAGGGGGUGCCCGAAUGGAUACAUGAUCUUUUUAAAGACAAAAUUGACCACAUAGAUUUGGAUAGCUCCGACGAGGAGGAUGUUGUCAUUUUAGGAAACACAUUACCGUAUGAUAUUACCAGCAAUUCUCAAAACCAAAUCGAGAAAAUUUGCAUUGAAAAUGUACCUAAAGAGCCAAAGCCAAAUGAAGAAUGCACAAAGAAUACUCAAACAAAUACACUUGCGAAUAGAGAUCACGAAGAAAUGUUUAGAAAAAGACCUUAUGUACUUUUAAAAAGAAUGACACCCAAAACGCUGGAAAAAUAUAAAAUUAAAAUAAACAACAAUGAUAACCGUAAUUCAGCUACGCUUAAUGUUGAACUUGUAGAAGGCCGCAAAGAAAAACAUGGAGACUCAGUUAAAGCGUCAAAAGAUGAAACUAAAAGAGCUGGCUCUCAAAUAUUUAUUUUGAACAAUGAUGCUGACAUGACUGAACAGAAUACAAAAACAUGUAUAAUUUGUUAUUCAAAACCACGCGAUCUGACAAAUCAUUUUGUGCGAGUUCACAAAGUUGAGUCGUAUGUGUCCCGGAUAACUGAGGAGAUUCUAAAUGAAUUGCGUGACAAAUCACCCAUAGCACAAAAAGAAGCAAAUGGGAAUCACUAUACGUUAGUUUGUGCAUUUUGCAAGGACACUGUUCGAGAUUUGUUUGUUCAUUUUUAUAAUCACUUCUCAUCACAUACUGGAGAAUAUGCGUUUUAUUGCAGUUACUGCAAAUUAAAAAAACCAUAUAAAGAGGAUAUGCUGGCUCAUAUUGGAAGAUCAAAGACAUGCAACAGCGCCAAAAUUUAUUCAUUAUAUGUUUAUAAUGAUCGGCAAACCGUCAUAUAUCUUUAUCAAUGUAAAUUGUGUAAUUUCGUGCAAUUAAAUGCAGCGAACAUAGAAAAACAUAUUCUGGAUCAUCAUGGAAGUCAUUAUGACAGCAAUUCAAUUGACAGAUAUAUAAUUGCCGCAACUAGCGAUUCAGCAAGAAAUAUUGAAUUUGCCAAGAAACUACCAGAACCAGAGAAAAAGUCCGACGAUUCUUUAGAUAUUAAAAGCAUUAAUGAUGAGGACGUAAUAACUACUUUUAAUGCUGCCGUUGAGGAGACUUUUUCACCUUCUGACGAACCCGACUUGAAUGAAGAUUAUUUUACCACAUUAAUGCUAAAUGCAGACGAUCUUAAAAUUGAAGUGGAUGACUAAUCAAUUUACUGCUAUCAAAGUAUUUUAUAUGUCAUUUUACAGGAGUUACUCAAACUAAAAUCUUUGCAUUGAAUUUACAUAUAUGAAUGUAUAUAGACAGCCUGGAGUUAAAUUAUUUUAAUUACAAUGCAAACAAUUUGAAUUUCUUCGAAUAAUUAAAGAAGAUGCUAUAUAAUGGGAUAAAAGUGAAUCAAAAUAUUAGAAUAUAUAUAGUUUUAGUUGCCAUGUUAAAUAUUUUCAACUCUUACAUCUUUGCGAUAUGCGUUACCGAGCAUACAACGUCGGCUAUUUUAAAUUCAUUUUUAUUAAAAUGCCAUACAAAUAAAAAUACGAAAAAAUUUUGUGAAUCUCAGUUAAUGGUUAAUAUUCAUAUUAGUCCAAGUUUCAGUAUGAACAAUUUGGAAAAGUAUUUAAUUGUGGACGAAGCUUAUGAACCAAUUAAACAAGCAAUGGUGAAAUUAAUGUCACCCUAUUUGAUUGUCAUUAAUCGUGGUGAACCAAUAAUUAUGUAUCCACUCCAAUAUGAAAAAACGAUUAGUAUUAAUGAUAAUGUGCAAUGUCCUGUCAAUGUCAAUCUUACAAAAUGCACGAGCGAAGUAUCAUCUAGUGAAUCUAUUAGAAGUCAAUCAAAAUUUGCUUUCGAAAACAAAGAAAGAAAGCAACGUCAGACAGUCCCAAGAGGUAAAUUCUUAAGAAAAGCAAGAAAUGAGUUCGAUCGCCGAAGAUCUGAAACCAUAAAUGAAAGUAAAAAAAAUGUAGAUGAUGAUGUCAGAUUAACUAAGGAAUUAACAGAGAAUGUUCUUUCAAAAAUGGGACUCAUUCGUAUUCUCGAAACGCCUCCAAAUGAUCCAGCUACUACCUCAACUAUAAUACCAGAACUAAGAGACUUUGGAGAUGUUGGACAGAAGACACAAGUGGAUGAACCUGAAGAAGUCAAAAAUAUGGAAAAAGGAAUUCAAAAUCCCUUUGAGUCAAAAGAACAUCUAAAUCGAAAAGAUUAUAGAAAGGGUGAUAUUGAUUCAUCAGAAGUGGCAGAUAUAAAUUUGAAAUUUAAAACUAAUUCAGAUUAUUAUAAUACUGAUCCUUUAAAUGAUAAUGCACAUACGAAACCAGUUGAUAACUUUAAUGAACCGAGUUCAUAUGGGAAGCCAGUAAACGAUUUUAAUUAUCCGAAAGUAUUUGGGAAACCUGUUACAGCAAAGAAUAAGAAAUUAAAAACUGGUAGAGAGAAGGAAUGGAUGACCAAAUAUUAUGACCCAUCUAAUAAUCCGUUGGGGUCAUCAACAGAUCAGAAAUGGUUAUCUAGGGGAAUGGAUUCUUUUUUAUCUGCAGACAAAGAUCAACUCAACGUCAAUGACUUCAGAUCUGGAGAAAGUAGGACAGCAAAGUAUAGGGUUCCCCUGUAUGAAUCCUCAAAAAACAAUAUGUAUUCCACCCAUAAUAGUCUCAAAUUUCAACCGUAUUUUAAAAAUAAACAAUUUGAUUCUUUUGAUAUUAACGAAGGCGACGAAUAUAAUAUUAAAAACCCUGAGGAAGCUGAAUUUUUAGAAGAAAAUCAACCUUUUGGGGAAUAUAAAUACUCAAAUACCAAAUAUAGUGACGAUCCAUAUUCUAGGCCAUAUUCCAGCAGUUUUCUGAAACGGCAAUACAGUGCAAUGCCAUCAAAUCGAUAUCACUAUCAAUAUAUUAAUCCGCCAAAACGAAGAAAGCGAAAUACACUUGAUUACGACAUUUCCAAUUUAGAUGGAAAUCCAUAUAUGAAGGAAAAUGACGAAAGUCCCUGCGAUACUUGCGGAGGCAAAAAUAAAAAAACUGAUGGAAAACCUGCUUUCCAAUUAAGUUCUAUAGAAAAUUUUCAAAAUAGCGAUGCUGUUCCAUGUGGUACCUGUGGAGGAAAAAAUAAGAAGACAGAAGGGAAACCUAGCUAUGAUCUAAGUCCCUUAAAUCAUUUAAAAAAUAAUGACAAUAACUUGGAGAUUUUUCAAACUAAAGAUAGUGAUGGCAUUCCUUGUGAUACAUGUGGCGGAAAAAAUAAAAAGACAGAUGGGAAACCUGGUUAUGUCCUUGGUCCCCUAAAUCCUGCAAAAAGCAAUGACAAUAAUUUUGAGAAUUUUCAAAGUAGAGAAAAUGAUGCCAUUCCUUGUGAUACAUGCGGGGGAAAGACCAAAAAACCCGGAGGAAAGUCUUUGCCGCAUCGAAGUGCAAUAGAUAUGCAAGAAAUACAUGAAUGCAAUAAUGUCAAUCCUUGCAAUUGUUGCGAUGACAAUGUCAAGAAUUAUAAUGCAAAACCUGGUCCACACUCGUGCAUCUGUUUAACGAAUUCCGAAUUUUGCAAAUGUGAAUCGACAAAGGCAACUCGCGCCUUAACCCAAUCAUGUAAAAAAAGUUCAAGUUAUUCGAUAUAUAACAUGAGUAUUCCGCUUCCAUUUUUGGCCACAAACGUGCGAAUAUUUAGAAAGCGUCAUAAAACUUGGUGGCGUAUUACGCCUUCAAUAACUUUAAAUAGUCUAUCGGGAAUAUUUGCAAACGGAAACUUGUCAAUUUUGUUAUCAUCGCAUGUCGAUAUUUUGGAAAUGGAUAAAUCAUUAUAUCUUCAAAAUCAUAAACUUGUGGUACCAAAGCAAAAGCCGAGCGUCAAAAAUUGUAAUUUAAAUGAACUUGGUUAUACACUGGAUAAUGCUUUUCUCUUUGAUUGUUCGGAAAAUGAUAUAAACGAGUAUGUAAUUAAAGAUACUCUUCAAAAACGCAAAAAGAAAUCGAAUAUGAAUAAAAUGACAGUCAAAAGUAUUGCUGACUUGGGAUACUUUCCCACCUCUUUAAAUCCAUUACAGAAAUGCCCGAAUAACGAUCAAAGGUUAUGCCUAAAUGUCUUAGAUGACAAAGUGCCAGCAUUUAGUAUUAAAAUUAAAAUGCCAUUCCGUGAAAACGCGGUAAUAGUGAAAAAUAUUUACAAGGCAAAAAUUUCUAGAAUCGUUACGGAUGCCACUACAAAAGAUGCACUUCAAAUUCUAGUGGAUGUUAUCAAUAAAGGCCUGGAAGCUAAAGAGUUCUUUAUAUACCUCAGCAAUUGUCCGCUGUCGGAGUGUUCAUCAAGCAAAAGCAAAGUUACGAUAAUGCUUCUGCCCCAUAUUGGCGAGACGAUCACGUUCUUGUUACCCUUUACAAAGAGGUCAAAGAGAAACUCCAAAUUUAAAUGCGAUGUGAUUGUCAAAGCAAAUGCUUCCAGCAAAUCUAUAGUAGCAAAAAGAUCUAUGGAGAUUCAAACUCAGGGAAGAUGCUUUUGUAUAUGGCGAUGUCAAUGCCAUUGUAUCGAGAAACUAGAAACUCAUAUAAAUUUCAAUGUAUGUAAUAGAUUGGGGUAUUCAAAUGAACGAGAAGCGGGAUUGCUCCUAAACUGCCCACCUGGUAAUGAAAAAUAUGACGUAUGCCUUAUGGACGAAAAUGAUAACGAGAAUGAAGAAUGUGAUGUCUAUUGUAGGAUUAUAAGAUUUACUAUUAUAUUCUUAGUAAUAUUGUUAUUAUUAGGUCUAUUAAAGGCUAUUCUUGGACUCUGCUUCGAUUCAAUUAAUCGUUGUGGUUAUGAAACGGUUCAGCCUGGAAGGAUAUAUGAUUGCGAUUCUUCUGCAAGAAAAUUUUUCGUUAACAUUUUCUUUUUCGUUAUUUUUCCUUUUCUAUUUUGGUGUAAAUGUUUUUUACCCAGAAAAGAGGAUCUUAUGAUCGCUAGUACCGAAUGGUAUUGCAAUCCUGAAUGCAGCAGCGACUCUGAAUCAAACAAAAGAAGAUCGACUUCAAAAUUACGAAUGUCUGCUGGAAGUGAACAAAAUUAUGAUAUACCAGAUCAUUUAUUUAAAGUUAUUGACACCCACCAUGAACCAAGACUAAAUAAAGAUGACACGGACGAUGACGAAGAAACUACAGACUAUAUUUUAAAAGUAUUAGAGGAAAGCAAGAAAUCAUUAACUAAAAUGCUUAUUGAGAGUCAAAACGAAUCCAAAUCAAUUUUGCCAGCCAUCGAAAAGUCAAGUGAAUCCACGAAUGACAAGUAUUCAUCUGAGGCUAAAGAAUUUCUUGAUGGCUUGACUAAUGCGCAAAUCGUAUAUAGAAUGAUGGACUCACCCAAAGGAGGACUUCAGCAAAUUCCCGAAGGCUAUCGAUACUGUGUACAAGGAUUUUUUUUGCGGUCGCUUGGCGAUACCUAUGAAUUUGUUAACUAUCAACCGCUUACUCAAUAUUUUGUAGUAUUGGAGGAGGAGAAUAAUCAAUUGGAACGGUUGGCUUGUCCGAUCCAUUCUUAUACCAAUGACUUUUCAAGAAUAUAUGCCAACGGAAUGGAUGUGUUUGAAGCAGGUGAUCUUUCGAUGCUUCAACCCGCUGGCGUUCCAUGCUUAAAUAUUUCUCAGGGUAAUUUGGAAACUUCGCUGUGUCUGCUUACCAUACAAGUAGAAGAACAUCAAUGUCAGGAACUUGUCCCUGUCCACGAUGAUCAGAGCGACCAUUAAUGUGUGUUUUCAUUUGAUUUAGUCUUUUCUGGUUUUUUGGCCACCUACCUCCUCCACCUCCAUCUCUUGUGGCUGCUAUUAUUUUGCAUUUGUAAAGUUGUUUUUGUAUUUUUUGUUUUUCUUUUUCUUUCUUUGGGUCUCAAUAUAUGUAUAUAUAAUUCAUUACAUUUCGCUAAAAAAGUCAGUUGAUGAACACAUCUCGUUAAAGUCAAAUCUCGCUCCCUUAACAAUGUUAAGGUACGCAUUAUUUAUUGGAUAUUUCGGCAUAGUUUUCGGUGCUCCACAAGGACACGUUCAUGGCAAUGGACAACGUGGUGGAUUUAUACCCAUAUCACCAUGCUCGGAUCAGCAUCAUGCAGCUUCUCUAAUACAAGCACAAUCGAUUGGUAGAAUUGUAAACCAUCAAAAUCAUAAAAAUGUGGAACACAAUUUCGAGACAGCAGCUAGCAAUCCUGUUCCUAAUUCCGUUUAUGUGAGUGGUAAUCCUCCACCAAACAGGGGCCCUUAUGUAUAUGGAAAUAAUCAUGCAGCUCCUUUGCCAGGAGUUUUGCCUAAUGGAAUCGAACCACCUGGAGUUGUGCCUAAUGGAAUCCAAGCACCUCAGUUCCAGCAAAACUCACAAAGCACCAUUCAAACCCAACAUUCUUCAUACUCCAGCGGCUCAGCAACUUCACAGACGGGUCCACAAUUGUUCCGUCCAGCAGCUGUGCCGGUGCCUCAAAACCAGAAUUUCCAAUCAUCUCAUUUACAUCAUCAUUACACAGUAUCAAACAACGGGCAGUCAUUCGGCAACGGAGGCCCCAUUCCUGUAGCUGCUCAGGUGCCGGCGUAUCCCGUAAGAUACGCGAACACAGCCCCAAACGUUGGUCCUUCGCAUCAGUAUCAACAAAAUGCUCAUUUUGCAACUCAGUUGGGACAGAAACUUCAGCAAAAUCAACAACUCGGCCAAGUUAUACAGCAAACAUUUGCCAGCACUCCACUGGAUCCAUCAGCAGAAAAGCACAUCUACGUUCAUGUUCCUCCCGAGGAUUUCGAAGAGAGCAGCAGCAAGCAUCAGCAAUUGGUAUAUGGGCCGCAAUUACCGCCAAAGAAACAUUAUAAAAUUGUAUUCAUCAAAGCCCCAACUCCUGCAACUUCAAGUUAUAAAAAACAAAUUCAGGCGGCUCAACAAUCCGAGGAAAAGACGCUCAUCUAUGUCUUGGUGAAGAAGCCGGAUGAGCCUACUUUGGAGGAAAUUCAAAGUAUCCAAGAGAGUACGUUUAAAACUAGCAAGCCCGAAGUGUAUUUCAUUAAAUACAAGGCACGCGACGAAAACAAGGGCCAACCAAUCGAAACCCCGAACCUAAAUGAAAUAAACACAGCAUCAGAUAACCAGA